AUGCAUCGUUCACAACAAUCACGUAGACGUCAUCAUUCUUCAUCUUUUACUAAAUUUGUUGCUCGUAUUCAACAUACAUUUUCUUCAAAAAAUAUGAAAUCAUCAACACCUGUUAUUCCAAAUCAACAACCAUCUUCUCAUCCAGCUAAUUCUACACCUAUUCCAAUUUUUCCAUCAUUUACUAAUUAUUCACGCUGUCGAUUAUCACAAAUUCUUUAUGAUCCAUCACGUCAAGUUGAAUAUUUAAGUGAAAUAGAAGAACGAACAAAUUCUGAUAUAUCUGAACAAUCUCUUGCGGUCGAUGAUACUGAUUCAUGUUAUGAUUCAAUGAGUGAACAUCGUAAUGAUCGUUUUAAUUUAUCACAAAUGAAUGUUAGUAUGGAUGAAUUAAAUGAUUAUCGACAUCAACCAAUGAAACUUCCAAAAUUACCUUAUACAUUGAAUAAUGCUCGUCUUCAUUCAACUGCUAUCAAUGAUAUGGGCAAUUUCUAA